UGAAGCAUUGCUGUCAAUUUGACUCUAGGUGCAAAUAUCAGGCUGCGGCCGGCACUGGCUUUGUCCUCUACCUUAGUUUCUGACAUCAUCACAUCGCACCGAGGGCGAGGAGGCAAAGGAAUAACCUGUGAAGCUGCUGCCAUCCACUCAUCUUUCUGCCUUGAUUGCAGUCAUUCCUCCCCCAAGUCCAUAGAGUGAUAGAGAAUGGAGGAUAAUCUACCAGUUAAUGUCCGGGAAUAUCAAGAACUUGCUAAGAAAGCACUACCAAAGAUGCACUAUGAUUAUAUCAACGGAGGAGCAGAAGAUGAAUAUACACUGAGGGAGAAUAUUGCAGCAUAUGGAAGAAUUCUGUUACGGCCACGAGUCCUUAUAGAUGUGAGCAAGAUAGACAUGUCAACAAGCUUAUUAGGAUAUAAUAUGCCAUCGCCAAUAAUUGUCGCACCUACAGGGGCACACAAAUUAGCCAAUCCCGAAGGGGAGGUGGCCACAGCAAGAGCUGCCGCAGCAUGUAACACCAUAAUGAUGCUUUCCUUCUCAUCAAGCUGCAGGAUCGAGGAGGUUGCCUCCAGUUGCGACGCUAUUCGCUUUUAUCAGUUAUAUGUGUACAAGAGAAGGGAUGUUUCGGCAACAUUGGUACGGCGGGCUGAAAGUUUAGGAUUCAGGGCAAUUGUUUUGACAGUUGACACGCCUGUGCUUGGCAGGCGUGAAGCUGAUAUCAGAAAUAAGAUGAUUGCUCCACCUCUGUCAAACCUUGAAGGUUUAAUGUCAUUAGACGACUUUGACGAUGCUGAAGGCGGCUCCAAGCUGGAACGAUUCUCACGGGAGACGCUGGAUCCAUCAUUGUCAUGGAAGGACGUGGAGUGGCUCAAGUCCAUCACCAGCCUGCCGAUUCUGCUCAAGGGCAUCGUCACCGCGGAAGACGCGAGGAAGGCCGUGGAGGCGGGGGCGGCCGGCUUGAUCGUGUCCAACCACGGCGCCCGGCAGCUGGACUAUGCGCCGGCCACCAUCUCGGCGCUCGAAGAGGUGGUUAAGGCGGUGGCGGGGGCUGUGCCGGUGCUGGUGGACGGCGGCGUCCGGCGCGGCACCGACGUGUUGAAGGCGCUGGCGCUCGGCGCCAAGGCAGUCAUGGUGGGCAGGCCGGUGUUCUUUGGGCUGGCGGCGCGCGGGGAAGCCGGCGCGAGGCACGUGAUCGAGAUGUUGAACAAGGAGCUGGAGUUGGCCAUGGCGCUCUGCGGCUGCCGUAGCGUCGCGGAGGUCACCAGGGCGCACGUCCAGACCGAGGGCGACCGGAUCAGGGCCCUGCUGUGACUUAUAAAUAAGCGACCAUAUCCGAGGCCGACCACCGUGCUGUCUGGGUUGCGAUAUGAUUUAUAUGAUACGUGAGGGCAUGUGAUCGAUUGUUGCCUCCACACAGAUAAGCUUACUAUUGCCAGAGCCUGGGCUGGACUAUGCUUUCAGUGAUUAUCUAAAUCAAAUAGACUGAAUGCUAAAGGGAACAUCCAAUGGUGUCCAUCUAUAUAGCAUUUGUUGGAGUCA